AUGAGAAAAGUCAUAGCUGUUGAUGGGAUAUUUUUGAAAAGUAGGUAUGGUGGUGUGUUGUUGUCUGCUAUUGCACAAGAUGCAGAGAAUCAUAUUUUUCCAGUGGCAUUUUGUAUAGUGGACUCUGAAUGUGAUGCUUCCUACAAAUAUUUUUUUGAAAAAAUGAGAAGCUUUGUACUUGAUACCCCUGAAUUGUGCAUAAUUUCUAACAGACAUCCAAGUAUUGGAAAGAUGGUUUCAGUUGUGUUCCCUUCAGCUCAUUAUGGUUAUUGCAUGAGGUACAAUAUUAUGAUGAUAAAUAUUACCGAGUUAAUUAAUGCAGUGCUUUUAGAUGAAAGAAAAUUUCCCAUCACUGCUUUAUUUGAUGUGAUAAACAAGCAAUUUGCUGAGAUAUUUCAUGAGAGGCGUAUGAUAUUUCUUGAUAUAGGAACCAAAUUUGUUCCUUCGAUGGAGGCAAUCAUUGCAGAAAAUACUGAGUUGGGAAACAAGCUAUUAGUCCAUCAAAUUGCCAACUAUAGGUAUGUUGUCACCGGUCAUGAAGCUAUUGCAAUAGUUGAUUUGAAAAGCAAAUCUUGCAGUUUUAGAGUCUUUGAUGUUGAUAAAAUACCUUGUCCACAUGCUAUGGCAGUGCUCCGGUGUCAAUAUGGUGAAGAUUAUGGGAGGCGAAUUUAUGAGUACUCCUGUUUGUAUUAUACGGUAGAUACAUACAUUAUGGCAUAUGUGGAGGAAAUUAAACCUGUUCCAUCUGAAGAUUCUUGGCAAGUUCCAAUUGAGAUUUUAGAGAGAAAAAUAUCUCCUCCAUUUGUUGAGCCAAGCAAGCAAAAUGCAGCAAUUGCUAUGCAAUAUUCAACAACUAACGUACUUGCUAUGAAAAAUUCAGCAACUAACGUACUUGCGGUGAAAAUUCAACAUCUAAUGUAA